AUGAAGCUCUCAACUGCUGUCACGACGUUUGCCCUGGCAUCCCUUCCGGCCUGUAAUGCGGCGUUGAGUAUCCCAUCGCCCAAUGACACCACACGUGCUGCGACCGUGAAGCAGACUUCGACUGAAAUCGCCAACGUCGACCGCCAGUUCCUUGUGGGGGACACCUUCUUCCCGAUCAACCCUGGACCUGCCUUGGCGAUUCCGUCGCUGUACUACACGACGCUGAUGUCCCAGGUAGCAACGGUGUCUGCUCUGGAAAAUCCCAACGUCACCAUGAUCGGCACGACGAUCCUAGCGUUGGGGCCCUACGAUACCCUCGAGAGCUUCAAGGCCGGCUACGAUGCGCUUGAGAGUGCUGGGUUGAUCGACACGCCUCGAGCAUUCGACAACAGCGACGAGAACUUCGGUGCCAUGCGGCUGGGCAUCCGCGGCUACAAGAUCAAGCUCGUGCAGUCUGGAGAGUGGUCGGACCCUCUCGACAGUCUUUCAAGCUCGCUGGUGCUGGAGCAGUGCAAUGAUGACACCAUCGACGCGGCGAUCUCCAACCACAAGGUGUUCGUGCAAGAUUUCUCGACUCUGGGGCAAUUUACGGAUGCCAACACGACCACGACUAAGUACGCGCCAAAUAUCGUCGGCUUCUUCUGCAACAAUGACGCAAGCGGUUUGCUGCUGCCGCUGGCCAUCCAGAUCGUGGACACGGGACUCACGUACACGAAGGAGGACUCGGCGGGGGAGUGGCAGCUCGCCAAGAUGGCGCUGGAUGCGACGGAGCUCAACUUCCAGCAGGUCUUCCACUUGGUGCACACGCACUCGGUGUCGAUCCCGAUCCAGGUCGAGAUGAUGCGCAGUAUGGCCAAGGAACACCCGAUCUACGCGCUGCUCAACUAUCACUUCUUUGCAGACAUGGCCAUGGAGUUCCUUGGUGGCGUGAACUUGUUGUCAGCGGGAUCGCCGUACGAUCGGGUCGCGGCUUUCGGAGCCAGUGGGUCUGUCCGCUAUCUCUUCGCCGAGUUCGCAAACACCUCCAUAGCUGUCGACUUUCCUGCUGACGUCGCCGACAACGGCCUCAAGUAUCUUUCUAACCACCGCUACGUCAAGUACGGUGCGACGUACUACUCGAUCAUCAAGACGUUCGUGACUUCUUACGUGAAAGCCUACUACGACUCGGAGGAGGCGAUCCAAAAUGACUCGGAGCUGCAGACGUGGGCAGCUCGAGCGACGGUUGUGUGGGGCGUCAAUGACUUCCCUUCGGCCUUCACGGGAUACGACGACCUCGUGAAACUCGUGACUAACUUGAUCUUUCAAAACGCCGUGAAGCACCACUUCAUGAACGGCCGAGUGACGUGGCACAGCCAAGCCGCCCCGUUCAGUGCCUCAGCUCUCUACAACGCUCCACUCCCAACAGAGAAGGGUGUGGAGGUUGAUCCGUUCGACUACGUGAUCCCGUCGAACGUGUUCCAGUUGUUGACGGGCUUGGCGGCAGGCUUCUUCCGUCCGAUCCCGGCAGCCAAUUCGAUACUGAAUGCUUACUCGACGUCUCCGUUCUCCGAUGAAGCCGUUCUCAAGGAUGCCAUCGCCCAGUUACAGCAGAGCUUGGCCGAUCUGGAAAACACCAUCGAUGCGACCGAGGCUGGAGAAAUGUUUCCGAAUAUUCUGACCAAGCCUUCAGUGUUGCCAUGGUUCUCCUACAUUUAA